CUUAUCUGGCCUGUCGUUUACACACGUGAGGAGUCUAAACGAAUCAGCAAGUCUGGAAGUUCCUAAUUCCGAAUUGCAGUGUAAACGCGGUAUAAAGUUGAAGCGGUUUACCCCCAUUAUAUCUGAACGGUGACACAUUGGUAUAUGAAUGACAUCGUUGACCCGCUAAUAAAACCUACACCGUCGCAGUGACUCCACCAAAUUGUGCUCCGGGAAGAAACUUGUCAAGCCUCGUUUCGGUUCCAUCGUGCUUCGCGUACACUUCAAAAAGGUAUCUACAGUACCUAACGAUUGCCCAUUGAUUGACUAAAGUAUGUCCUGUACAUGCACGUCGGCCGUGAGGAUAUUCUUGAAUUCAGCACACAGAGGACUGUCUUGUUCUCGUAUUCAACUGUAUGCUUUGAGCAGACCUGGUUCUUGUGAAGCUCACCUGCCACCCAGAGUCCGAGUCAGAUCCUUCCAUGAAACGGCAGUGUGUUUCGUUGCCAAAGAUGGAACAACCAAGGAUGGAUCCAGCGACAGUGGAAAGAAGAACCUCAGUGAGGGAAAGAGACUUCCAGGCUCUUCUGGUGGAUCAGGGAAGGGGGGUAACCAGCUGCACUGUCCCAAAUGUGGAGACCCAUGUACACAUGUGGAGACCUUUGUAUUGUCAACACGUUUUGUAAAGUGUGAGAAAUGCCAUCACUUCUUCGUGGUGCUCUCCGAGACGGACUCUAAGAAGGGUCUGAAAACAGAAGCAGAGUCGCCCGUUGAGGCCUUCACACAGAAACCUCCCCCGCCACCCAAAAAGGUACGUGCACCAAUGACCAUAAAGAGGAACUGGUUCUUGUUUCUCCUGUUUUUGUUGUUGUUGAUGUGA